UGUCUAAGUUCUCGAGAGCUUAAUAAUAUGUAAAUAGGUUAGUAUGUCCGUGAAGCGGACAAACAAUGUGACAUGCCACAUCCAGUGAGGAUAUACCAAGUGACAACAUCCACACUAGCACAAGACUUGCGCAAGAGUCAGCCUCGCGAUCUGCGGCUUUCGGCCUUUCGCCAUCCGCUGUAACUUAACUUUUCUAUACUAACGUGAUAUGGACACAAACUGCACAUGCGCAGUUGCAGUUUGGAAUGAUAAAGAACAACAGAUACGCGUGUAACAAAAUUAAGUUUUAUUAAUAAUUAUAUUAAUAGCCAUUUUUGAACGCAUUAAAAAGUACAGUGUCGAAUUUCUUGUGUGUCGAAGUGUUUGAAAACGUUACCUGACCAAACAAUAAGCAAGUAGUGAUGUUUUUAGCGUUAUUUAUUAAAUGCAUAUUUAAAUCGUUUAAAAUACCCGUCUGUUCUUAAUAUAUACGUAAAGAAUGUGCUCCAUAUUAUAUUAUAUAUAUGGAUGUAUAUCUAUUUUAUAAAUUUAAUAACAUAAAAAUAUAUUUGUACAUAUGAAAAAGUGAUUACAAUUUUUUUUUUUGCUUAAUUAAGUGCUAAAAUUCCAUCAAUGAAAUACUGUUACUUAGUUAUUUAUUUAAAUAAACCAGCGGUCAGUAACCUUAUUUAAUAAACAAAUUUCUUUAAAUUUCAUUUCUUUUAAUUUCAUUGUUUCUCCAGUCUAAAUUAAAAUUAAAAUAAAAUAGUUUCAUCUAAUUUAAUAUUUGUUUUAAAAAUGGAAGACUGAAUAAUUUUUUUAAUAGAAUUACAAUCUAAUAAAGAAUUUUGGUCAUGAAUAAAAAUCGCUCAAAUGUUAUUACCAAAGUGAACUACCUCAUCUAAUUUGCAGUAUAUAACUGCACGCAACUCGUAUUUCAUUCAUAUUUAAGCAUGCAGUAACAAGGCUGCAAGGACAGAAGUGACUUUACCUGAUCCAAAGACAUAGACAACUGGAAUACUUGAAAUCUCUACUUGAAAAUUAAAAAUAAAAAUGAAAAUCUUGAAGAGUUCUAUUACAAAUUGUCUAUACUUAUUGUAUUUGGGCGGUUGCCUAUGUACCCUGACGCCUGUAUUGGAAAUAAGUCAAGGCAAGCUCAGGGGCUUGCGGAGUGCUGCUGGCGUGAACAAAUAUUACGGGAUACCAUAUGCAACAUGCAAAAGAUUUCAACCCCCAAAGGAACCAAAGAAAUGGAAAGGCGUGUUCAAUGCAGUUAACAUGGUCGGGUACUGUGCACAAGCGGUGACUUAUUUCCAUACCUAUACUGAAGAUUGUCUUCAACUCGAUGUUUAUACACCUGAAUAUUUCAAACCUGGAGGCAAGUUACCAGUGCUGGUCUUCUUCCACGGAGGAUGUUACUAUUUCGGUAGCAAAAGCCAGUACGAUCCUGAAUUUCUAGUCACCAAAAACGUAACUGCCGUUGUAAUUAAUUACAGACUUGGAGUUUUGGGUUUUUUAUGUUUGCACGACGUAGCAAAUCUCGGAUUAAAAGACCAACUAGCAGCUUUGAAGUGGACCAAGAGAAACAUUGCGGCGUUUGGCGGCGAUCCGGACAAUGUAACAAUUUUUGGUCAAAGUGCAGGCGCUAGCUCUGCAGCCAUGCACAUGCUAUCGGAAAAGAGUAAAGGACUAUUUCAUAAAGCCAUUUUAAUGAGUGGUAACUCUCUAUCUCCGUGGGCUUUUAACUUAGAACCAAUAGUACCAGCUAUCCAAGAUGCUAGAAAACUAGCAACGGUGCCAAUGAAUGGUGAUAUUGAAAAAAACCUUUACAAUAUUUUUGCUAAGGCUCCCUUGCCUGACCUUUUGACAGCGACGGCUGGUAUUAUAACUUCUACCAGAUAUUUUAAGUACAGCCCCUGCGUGGACAGCAACUUCACUGAUCCUUUCCUUCGUGAUGCCCCUUACAAUAUUAUAAAAUCUGGCAAUUUCAACAAAGUACCAAUUUUAACUGGAUCUACAGAUUUAGAGGGUUUAUUAUUCUACGGGCUGCAUGAUGCGAAAUCGUUAAAAGAUUGGGAUCAAUACUUUGUCGAGAGACUGCCUUCUGUGUUCUCGUGGUGUUCGCAAGAAGAUAGAAAAGUAAUCGCUGAAAAAUUUCGUUCUUAUUAUUUUGGUAAGAAAAUGGUGCAGUCCUCUGUUCGUGGUAUAAUCAAUAUAUAUUCAGACUGGCUCACUGAAGCUACAAGAGACGCCUUUUCCAAUUUGAUGGCUCUUUACUCCCAACAGCCAGUAUACAACUAUGUAUUCUCAUACCAAGGGGGAAGAAAUUUCGCAACAGCUUACGUAGGAAAAAGUGUAACGCCAGAGGGUGCUUCCCACAUGGAUGACAUUUUCUAUUUGCACAAGCCGCUAGGGCAGUCAUUGCCACUUUUAAACUCUGAUAAACUAAUCAUCGAACGCUUCACCGCAAUGGUGACAAACUUUAUGAAAUACGGAGACCCCACACCACGUCGCACGAAGCUGCUCCCGGUUGCUUGGCCGCCAUCGACUACCAACUCAACAUACGUGAUGCGCCUUGAUCACGUCCUAUCAGUGAUCAGGAAGUCACAGCCGGUGCCUGCGAGAUUUUUCUUGGAUAUGCUCUGUACAUACGGACACGAAGGUUACGUUCCCUGCGACAGUAAACAGCAAUGUAACUUAAAACAAAGUUAUAGAUACAAGUCAAUAGAAGCAGAAAGGUUUACGAGUAUUAAUGAUUUUGGACAUUGGUCGAUUCAUUCUCAAUUACCCUUUCCCAUAUUCCCUGACAUGCCGGCUCCACCAGAAGAACCACCAAAAUGGAAAGGCGUAUACAACGCAGUCAAUAUAUUCGGAUCCUGUGCUCAAGCAGUAUACGUCUUUCAAAUUUAUAACGAAGAUUGCCUUCAGCUUGACGUUUACACGCCUGAACAUGCCAAACCUGGCGACAAGUUACCAGUAAUGGUCUACAUCCACGGGGGAGCUUACUACUACGGCAGCAAAGGUCACUAUGAUCCUGAGUUUUUGGUUACAAAAAAUGUAGUUGCCGUUAUAGUAAAUUACCGACUUGGAGUAUUCGGAUUUCUAUGUGUGCAAGGUGUGGCAAAUCUUGGCCUGAAAGACCAAGUAGCAGCUUUAAAAUGGACCAAGAAAAAUAUUGAAGCAUUUGGUGGCGAUCCGGACAAUAUAACAAUUUUUGGUCAAAGUGCAGGCGCUAGCUCUGCAGCUAUGCACAUGCUAUCAGAAAAAAGUAAAGGACUGUUUCAUAAAGCAAUUUUAAUGAGUGGUAACUCACUAACUCCGUGGGCUUUUAAUCUAAAACCAAUAGUCCCAGCAGCUCGGGAUGCUAGAAAACUAGCAACGAUGCCUAUGAAUGAUUCCCUUGAGGAGAACAUUUUCAAUAUUUUCGCUAACGCUUCCUUGCCUAGUCUUUUAUCUGCAACAUUAGACGUUUCAACUUUUACUGGAUAUUUUAAAUAUAGUCCUUGCGUGGACAGCAACUUCACUGAUCCAUUCUUUCGCGAUGCACCUUACAAUAUUAUAAAAUCAGGCAAUUUCAAUAAAGUACCAGUUUUAACUGGAACUACAGAUUCAGAGGGAUUACUGUUCUACUGGCUGAAUAAUGCAAAAUCAUUGACAGAUUGGGAUCAAAAUUUUGUUGAGAGACUGCCCUCCGUCUUUUCAUGGUGUUCAGAUGAAGAUAAAAAACUAAUUGCGGACAAGUUCCGCUCUCAUUAUUUCGGAAAGAAAAAAGUGCAGUCUGCCAAAUCUGUUCGUGGUGUAACCGAAUUCUAUUCAGAUUGGGUUACUGAUGCUACAGCUGAUGCCUUUUCCCACCUGAUGGCUGUUUACUCCCAACAACCGGUGUACAAUUAUGUAUUUUCUUACCAAGGGGAAAGGAAUUUCGCAACAGCUUUCUUUAAGCAAAAUUUAAAAAUGAAAGGUGGCGCUACCCAUUCGGAUGACAUUUUCUACAUCUUUAAGCCAGCUGGACUGACGUUAUUGCCUUCAGAGUCAGACAAACUAUUCAUGGAUCGCCUCACUACUAUGUUCACAAACUUUAUGAAGCACGGAAAUCCCACGCCACGUCGCACGAAGCUGCUCCCGGUUAUUUGGCGGCCCUCGACUGCCAACGCAUCAUAUGUAAUGCACCUUGAUCGUAUCCUGUCGGUGACCAAAAAGCAGGAGCCGGUGUCUACGAGAUUCUUCUUGGAUAUGCUCUGUACAUAUGGAUAUGAAGGUCACGUUCCCUGCGAUAGCAGACAACAAUGUAACUUAGAACCAAACGUUAAUAGGUGAAUUUAGGUUUAAAACCCAUUUAGGUUUGUCAGACGGGAAACAGGUAAAACUACUGAAAACGGCCCAGCAGAAGUUCAACUUGUUAUAACAUGGUUAUGGUAGAAAAUACGAUUUACACCAUACGAGAUCUAAAGACGUGAAAAGACCUGGUAUAACACUAAUAAAUGUCGUUUAUCAAUAUUGGUAGAUCCAAUAGUUUAUUCUACUAAUUCCACUUGCUAGAUCCACAGAAUAAAUCGACGUAGGACACCAAGUGAAAGGAUGGUUCAGGGAGGUUUGGUCGACACAUAAAUAAACUAUUAAAAUAUAUUAAUAUAACCAUUUUUAUUUAGCCCCUCCUUAAGACUAUACACGUAUGCAUUCCUUCCUUCGUCAUUUUUUUUUCUGUUGUAUGUGUGCUAUUAAG